GCCAUGCCCGCCCCCUCCGCCGAGAGCCCGGGAACCCGGGAACCCCAGGCCCGAGACACUUGGUGUCCCGGAGUCCCGGGCCGGGGCUCGGCUGGUGGGGCGCGAUGGCGACAUGGCGACGUGACGUCCGGCUGACUGGAAGCCAGCGGCUGCUGUGCGCGGGGCUGGCGGGCGUGCUCAGCUUGAGCCUCACCGCGCCGCUGGAGCUCGCCACCGUGCUAGCCCAGGUCGGCGUGGUGCGGGGUCGCGGCCGGGGGCCCUGGGCCGCGGGGCUUGGCGUGUGGCGAGCCGAGGGGCCCCGGGCUCUAUGGAAGGGGAACGCGGUGGCGUGCCUGCGCCUCUUCCCUUACAGCGCCGUGCAACUCACUGCCUACCGCAAGUUUGUCGUACUCUUCAUGGAUGACCUGGGCCAUAUAUCCCAGUGGAGUGCCAUCAUGGCUGGAAGUCUCGCAGGCAUGGUUUCCACCAUUGUAACGUAUCCUACAGACCUCAUCAAAACGCGCUUGAUUGUGCAGAAUAUGCUGGAACCAUCUUAUAGGGGGAUCCUCCAUGCUUUUUCUACUGUUUAUCAACAGGAAGGAUUCCUGGCCCUUUAUCGAGGAGUUUCCCUUACAGUUUUAGGUGCUCUCCCUUUCUCUGCUGGCUCUCUUCUAGUUUACAUGAAUCUGGAGAAAAUCUGGAAUGGACCCCGAGAUCGCUUCUCUCUCCUCCAGAACUUUGCCAACAUCUGCCUGGCUGCUGCGGUGACCCAGACCCUCUCCUUUCCCUUUGAUACAGUGAAGAGGAAAAUGCAGGCUCAGAGCCCCUUCCUUCCCCGCUGUGGAGGAGUAGAUGUCCAUUUCUCAGGAGCCACGGACUGCUUCCGGCAGAUAGUGAAGGCCCAUGGGGUACUGGGACUCUGGAAUGGAUUGGCAGCCAACUUACUGAAGGUAGUUCCAUAUUUUGGAGUUAUGUUUGGUACCUUUGAGUUCUGCAAGAGAAUUUGUCUUUACCACAAUGGUUACAUUGUGUCUCCUCUGAGCUAUAAAUUGACCCCAGGGGUGGAUCAGAGUUUGAAACCCCAGGAAUUACGGGAAUUAAAGAAGUUCUUCAAAACUGGAAAACUAAAUUCUAGAAAACCAACUCUUUAAAACUGAAUGGAACUAGAAGUGCACUGACCGAAGGCGUUUUGCAAUCACGGAUAAAUUUAGCUUCAAAAUUGCGCAACUGUGGAGUGAGGAGAGGAUACUCCUGUCUGCUGCUCUUGGAAAUGAGAAGACUCAGCCAUACGCCACCUCUGAGCUCCAAACUGAUGUCCCUGGGAACACCUGCAGCUCAGGAAGGUUUCCCAACAUGACCGUCUCCUGAUGGCAUUCCACCAGAUUUUAUAACAAAAGCUAGCAGUAAUGAUAUGUGCUAUUUACACAAUACCAAAGAAAGGGCAUUCCUGUGACACCUCAAAGCAACAUGUAGUUGAAGUGGCUGAGCAGAGACCACGUCAUGCUCUCAGUCACAGCGUCACAGCUUGUACUAACCCACAUCAGCUUAGUUUUGCUCAAUUUGACCUGAGGAUUCCUAAUAUAAUCGCUCUGGAACUCAUAAGCUUUGCUGACUUCUGAGUGCACACACCACAGUGUAAAUUAUGCCUUCUCAGAAGCUAACUGAAAAUAUUUAACGUUUAAACGUUAUGAGUGUCAUAGUAGAACCAUCCUUUAGCUAAAUUUGAAGCAUCCCAGGCUUAAAUCUUGUUUCAGGAAGGCAGUUUUUAUCAUGACUGCCUAAUUAUGCUCCAAAAGGCCUUCUUUGAAUUGCAGUCAUGUACAGUGUAAGUGGCCUGAAUUCUCUGCCUUUUUUACUUGCUUUGCAAGCCUACCCUGAAAAUAAAUUAUUUAGUCAACUUAAGUUAUUCUCAGAAGAUGUCCCAGUUGCCUAGAAAGGAUCAAAUAGAGCAUUUGACACACAUACCAAAAAAACAUAAAUAACUGAGCAAACACUUUAGGCUAAUCAUGUCUACCAGAUUUUUAAAAAGUCAAAUUUUGGAUUGUUCCACCUUGGAGAUUCUAUGUCAAGUUUAUAGAACUAUACUUUCAAAUAGUGCCAGUCUUUGCAUUAAAAAUAUCUAAUAUUAUGAUACUAAUUUAUACAUACGCAAGUAUGUUAAAAGUAUUUUCCCUAUUAAACCUUUUUAUUUCCAAAAUAAAA